CGCCUAUCUGCUUUCUUCAGCUCAGAACAUGUCAACUGAGAAAAGUCCGCUUGAGCAAACAUCACCAGCUGUUGCAUCAUCAUGCCGAAAAAAGAAGUCUGAAAGUGCUACAUUUUUGGAGGAUGUAAAGGAUCAUAUUGAUGAGUUUAUACAUGCCUCAAUGGAUGAACACGCAACUUGCUUCAAGAAGACCAUCAAGAAGAUGUUUGGGAUGUCUAAAAUUGUUGCUGAAAGAAAUGCUGAAGCAAAGGAGGUUGAGAGCUCACUUCCUCUCCGAACUGUUGUAUCUGAAUAAAGAUUCCCUAUGUAGAAAGAGGUAAAAGGAGGGUGAGAUUGGAGGGUCAAAAAGUAUGUGCAUUCUAAAGCCGUUAAACAUUAAGUUUUAUCGUUCUAUCACAUGUAUAAGUAAACAAAAAUGAGAUUUUCUUGCCUAAGAAGCCUUUCGGCUUUUGCAUCUGCUGUUUUUACCACACAUCAGACAUGUCUAGCUAAAAUAAAGGGGCGUUACAAUAA